GGGCCCGUGACAUUCCGCUUGAAGUACAUACACAGAGUACAGCCUGGUCGAAAGGGCACUAAGCUGUGCGCUCAGAAGACCUAGUUGGGACCAUGGCUAUUGACUGGACUGGUUUUGCAUACGCUGCGUUGCUGGCUAUCGGAGGUGUUGUGGGAUACACUCACAAAGGUAGUAAAAUCUCUUUAGUUGCUGGUCUCACCUUUGGUUCUGUGGCUGGUUAUGGAGCUUACUGCGUAAGCUGUGAUCCGAGAAAUGUGAAGAUAUCGUUGUUUUCAGCUUUUCUUUUGACCAUUAUAAUGGGAAUGAGGUUCAAGAGGUCCAAGAAAUUAAUGCCAGCCGGACUAGUAGCAUGCCUGAGCCUUUUGAUGAUUUUGAGGCUUGUUUUUAUGCUGCUGUAGGAGAAUUUAGCAGCUCCAGAACCGAAGUAUGACUGCCAUGCCCACCGAACAAACCAGCGAGCUCUCCAUACUUGAAAGACAAGUUUGAACAGAAGUCUUACAUUGCACUUAUCUUUUCGGUACCUGUUAUUUGAUUAUUGACAUUUGCUGAUAUUUUGCAAGC